GGACAGCCCUUCAGAGUCAGAUUGCUGUGGAUGACUUUCGCUGAGCAGGUCGUCUCAGAGAGGCUUGUGUUUUGGUUUCAGAAGGACCGCUUCUGCUGCUGCUGGUCACCCCGCUCCUGUGCAGGGACGUGGCCUCCCAGCCCAGCUGCCCCAAGGGCUCUGGCUGCCAGCAGCCCCUGUCAGGGCUCUUUGACCGAGCUAUCACCCCGUCUUCUUCCACCCACGAUAAGUCUUCACAGCUGCUGGAGGAAUUUGAAACCAGGUUUUCCAAGGGUCCCAUGUACCUUAUUCCUGAUGCCAAUGGGUGCCACACAGAUGCCAUCACCAUACCAGGCAUUCAUGAGGAGGUGAAGAACGUACGUUACAAAGACUUCAUCAUCCUGGCAAGCCGCUUUAUGCGCUCCUGGAAAGAGCCUCUGGAGAGCUUCAUCACUGAAGCAAAUAAACUGCCAAAAGUUCAAGAUGACAUUUUAACCAAAAGCUAUGGAGAUCAAAGAUCAAAACUGCCAACUUCUAGAGGUCGUAGAGAAGAUAUCUGGCCAGGUUAAUCCCGAGAUCAAAGACAAUGGGAUGUAUGUUGUCUGGAUUGAACCUGCAAAGGACCUGCCAGUUUUUGCAGUACCUCGUAUGCGUGGCUUUUAUAACCGCAUCCAUUGUCAAUGAGUCUUUGGUUGACCAGUAUUGCAUGUCUAUAUCUGUUUUCAUGAGAAGCCACUUUGAAGAUA